GACAUCGGAGUGACAGCAGUGAAGCAGCUCCAUGCUAAUCAGACCGCAUGGCUUGGGAAGAUAGAAAGCCUUGACAAAUGGAUGUGGGCUGACAACUUCUGCCUUCUGAUUCUGGGGGGGAUUCCCUGGCAGGUAUAUUUUCAAAGGGUUCUUUCUGCCUCUUCAGCUACCUAUGCUCAAGUCCUCUCCUUCCUGGCUGCCUUUGGUUGUAUCAUCAUGGCUAUUCCCUCCGUCCUGAUCGGAGCCAUAGGGGCUUCCACAGAUUGGAACCAGACAACCUAUGGGCCAAUUCCUCCCAUGCAGAGGGACCAGUCUGACAUGAUCCUACCGAUCGUGCUACAGCACCUGUGCCCGGCCUAUAUCUCCUUUUUUGGUCUGGGGGCAGUUUCUGCCGCAGUGAUGUCAUCCGCUGACUCAUCCAUCUUGUCGGCCAGCUCCAUGUUCGCUAGGAACAUCUACCAGCUCGCUUUUCGACAAUCGGCUUCUGACCGUGAGAUUGUGUGGGUCAUGCGGAUCACUAUUUUUGUGUUCGGGGCUCUAGCGACGGCCAUGGCUCUCCUGACUGGGACCGUCUAUGGUUUAUGGUACCUGAGCUCUGACCUGGUCUACGUCAUCAUCUUCCCCCAACUCCUAUGCGUUCUUUUCAUCCGUGCCACGAACACCUACGGCUCAGUGGCUGGAUACAUCUUUGGAUUGAUCCUGCGAGUUGGUGGAGGGGAACCAUAUCUCAAACUGCCUCCGUUCAUCUACUACCCUGGAUGGACCAUUGAGGAGAAGGUCCAUCAUGUGACCAAGGAGGUGGAAUACUUGGUGUUGCAGAGGUUUCCCUUUAAGACUACUUCCAUGCUGGCCUCGUUCCUAAGCAAUGUGGCUUUCUCAUACCUGUUUAAGUACCUGUUUGAGAGUGGCACUUUGUCGGCUAAAUAUGAUUUCUUGGAUGCAGUGGUGGCCAAGCACAGUGCCGAAAUAAUGGACAAGACCACUCUGGUGAACAAGAACAUCAUUGGGCUGAAUGAAAUGGCCCCGGUCAAGCCGAGACUUAGUGUUACUUUAGCUGCUACCUUCGCCAGGAAGGAAACCCUGACCGAAGAGGAGGACUCCAGCCCGGAGUCACCGAGUCAUGAGAAUGAGUAGAGACCCUAUGUUCAAUCUUGAGAAGACUCUCUAUUGGUUCCAUAAUGUGAAGUACAAGUCUUCACCCAAUAAGCAAAUAAAUAUCAGAUUUUAAUUAUAUACUUAAUU